AUGUCGGCUGUUUCCGCCAUCACGGUCAAGUCCACCAAACAGUGGACUAUUGGCACCGAUGUACAAGGCUCCCAACGACUCAAUGGCGUGAGCUAUCAAGAUGAUGCUCUAAUUACAUAUGGAGACUAUCAAUAUGUCACUUUUUACGAAACUGCCCCGGCGGGAUACCUCAACCAUUUCGUGAAGGUGGGACGUAGAAAGCUUUCGCCCAGUGUCGGCGACUGGGAGUUUCUCAGUCUCGAUGACUAUAUCCAGAAGACGAUGGAUGGCCAUAACAUGAUCUCUAUGGGUAUCUCUGGGGAUGGAAAGAUUCACCUCAGCUUUGAUCAUCACGAUGUUCCUAUUAAUUACUGCAUCUCAAAAAACGGUAUCGCAAAGGAUGUUCCCUCAGAAUGGACUUCAAAUCUCUUCGGUCCUGUCGUCCAUGAACUUGUCGGGUCUCAAGGACCUUACUCGCCACUGACGUAUCCGCGAUUCCAGCCUCUAAGUAAUGGUGACCUUUUAAUAGAGUUUCGAAUUGGACAAUCCGGAUCAGGCGACAGCUACAUCCACCGCUACAGCGCAUCCACUGGGAAGUGGCAAGCCUACGGAAUGUACAUCCAAGGGGACGACAACAAUGCGUACAUUAACGGACUAGAUUACCUGGAUGGAAAGUUGUAUACUUCGUGGACAGUCAGAGAAACACCAAAUGCUGACACUAAUCACGGUGUUUAUUUUGCCUACUCGAAUGACGAUGGCAAGACAUGGUUCAACACGAAUGGUACGAAGUUAUCAAAACCGAUUUCAACAUCUGAUGACAGCACUUUGAUCUGGGAUGUUCCCCAGAACAGUCGUAUGGUCAACCAGGAGGGACAGCUCAUCGACACCAAAGGCCGAUUUCAUAUUCUGAUGAGGGACAUGUUGUCUGGUGAGCACCAGUACCAGCACUAUCUCCGAAAGACUGACGGAACAUGGACCAAGAAUGCGAUCAGCCCCGCUGGCCUCAACGGGCCUGACUUGUACGACCCAAGAGGCAAACUUGCAGGCGACGCGAGCGGAGAGUACUUGUUCGGUAUUCUUCCUGAUCCAGUGAAGCAAUCGACUGGCAUUUACGUCGCUACCGCUUCAAAAGACUUCAAGGACUGGAAGAGUCUGGCUGAGAUCCCCAAUACAUCGACCGAGCCCCUCUUUGAUAAGACAAGACUUCAUGAAUCGGGAAUUUUGAGCGUGUUUGUGAGACAAGCAGGCGGAUUUCCUGAUCGCAAGUUGCAAGUAUGGGAUUUUGAGCUUGACCUAUAG